UCGAGUCCGGCCCUACCUUCAGCGGUGUCGAGUGGAGUGACUGAGGGGUUGUGGUUCGGGUGGUGCGGGAGUGCUCUCCUUCCCUCCCGCAGAUUUCGUUUGCUCAUCCCCCGCCACUGCCGCCGUGAAUCCCAGCUGAGGGGAUGCUCCUUCCCCUCUCUCCGUCUCUACUCCUCCUGCAGUUUCUUCGGGCCUCUGGAAUCCGUAAAUAACCGCAGAAUCGAGGCAGCCCCGAGAUGCGGGGGACGGGGAGAAGUUCUCCGUUGGUUGGAAGGUGAAGAAGGUCCACCCCUGCAAGCGUUGGUCCUACAGAGAGUGGUGGUGGCGAAAAAGAUGAUUUCGAUCACGCCAAACUCCAAUUUCCAAUCCCAGAGGCUUUUCAGUCAGCUCGUUUCCGCUUUCCAAUCCCCGCAUUCCCCCCGCGCUUCUUCUCUUGCCUUUUGUUAUCGGCAGAGGUCGGGUUACGGCGUAAGGUUCUUGUGCUCGUUGCGUGCGGCAACGCAGCAGAAAGCUAAUGGUGGUUUCGAUCCAGAACUACGGUCGGUGCUCGAACUGGCCACGGAUGGUGAACUAUCUGAAAUUGGGAGCAUUCUGUACGGGCGGAGCUACUUUAGUCCAUUACUAAAGUCCAUCGCAUAUGGAGAUAAUGUCGAUGAUGUUAUGUAUGAGGAGGCCGGGGAAGGAAGGGAAGCUAUCGUUGAGCUGCUAGAGUCCCGAUUUUUUUUCCUAGCUGCAGAUGCUCGGGCAACAUUAAGGGGUUGGAGGCCUUCCUACAGGGAUGUUUUACUCGACUUGAGGAAGAAACUGAGGAUUCCAUGUUCUUCCAGAUUGACAACAGGAGAUUUGGAGGCAGAGAUAUUUCUUCACGUGUUGCAGGAGUUCUCAAGUGAGGAAAUGCCUCGCUUUUCCUUCUCCAGGGAGAAUACCCGGUUUUCCGAUUGUUAUGCUUAUACAGACGGACCAGUUGGUGCCAAUCAGUGGAAAAUUGAUGCUUUUGAUGUGUUGAAAGUUGGAGCAAAGGAACUAAAGUUGAUAUUUUUGAAGGGUGGUGGUAUGCUGACUCUAACAAAGAUAUAUCAGUUGUUGAGGCGGAGCUUAUCUGGAAAGUUGUUGCUGGAAGCUGCCAAUUAUCAGAUAAAGCAUGAAGCAAUUAAAAAGGGUGGGCAAUUGGCUGCUGUUAGUUUGGAAUCCAGAGUGGCAUUGCUCGCUGCCAAAAAGCUUUUUCAUUGUGAUGAUAUAGGGUUUGGUUUCAGCAGCAUCACGAUAUUUUGGCCUACGAAGUAUGAUGAUGUUAAUCGGACCAUUGUUAUGGGGGACAUUUCUGGCAGAUAUUGUAAUCCAAAUGAUAGGAACAGAUUAUGCCAGGAUACUGCGUGCGGUUUAUGCAUUUGCACAGAUCCGCCUAACCCGUACUUACGGAUGGACAACAGCAAUCAGGCAAUGAAACAUAAAUCUGAUACUGUUAGGAGGCUUGCUAAUGCCCUUCCAAGAAAAGUGGGGUUGGAUUUUAUUGUAAAGAUUUCCUAUCGUGUAGAAUUCCUUGUAAUUUCUACUUGGAAACAGUUCUUGAAAGAGCAUUGCUUCCUGCCCUGUUUCUUUUCAUGUGAGGGAGACUUGGUAUAGUACCAAUAGUAUUUGCCCAAAGUCUCCUGUGAUACUGUGACCGAUCCACCAACGAGGAUAUGCAACCCCAUUCUGAGCUGCCAUCUUCAAUUGCAGCGGAGGUAUGAUUACAUAGCACCGUCGUCUUUUUCCACUUGUCGGUGGGUCAAAGGCAUCUUAAGCUAGAGUCAUGUAACCGUCUAACGUCGAGUAAUCCUCAUACAUAAUGUAAGCCAAUCUGGGAAAAGUGUAGCAGGUCUUGUAUUCUCAUUG